AUGUUUAUUUCAACUUUAUUACUGGUCUAUUGCUUCACAUUCAUCUAUGCAGCACCCAUAUUCUCUGAACAAAACAAUGAUAUCGGAAGCGUAUUAACUGAUACAUUGUCUGAUUUCUAUGAAAAUAUCAUUGAUCAAGUCAUGUUGGAUGCAUCUGAAGACAUUCUAAGAUAUAUACCUGAAUCUAUGAGCCAAGGAAACAUAGAAGCUCGGCAUGAUAUCAUUCGAUCUAUGGAUCGUAAUCUCAACUUUAUGAGAGCAAGUCUAUUAGCAUCAGUCAAUCCACUUGUUUCUACAGAUAUCCAACAACUGAUGAUCAAAAAUGAUGUAGAUACCUUACAAAACGAAUUACCCAAACUCAAUGCAAAAAUAAGCCACCAACUUGGUUUAAUCAUCAACGCAGAACAAACAUCUGCCAUCUUAAUACGUCAAGCAUCAUCCAUUGUCCAUAAAAACACUAAAUCAUCAUCUACAGUCACUGUCGAGUGGAAACUACGUCAACCAUUCCAAGUAAACAUUAUUCAUCAAGAACAAGAACAAGCAUUCGAUGCGUCUAAUGAACUACAGUGGUUAUUCACCAGAUUAUCUCAAGUUCAAUCUGAUUUGUUAACCGAGUUUAAUGAUCAUGUUCAGAAUGCAAUCGAGCUUUUGAUGGAAACAUUAGCUUUAUAA